GGAUGGAUAUCACGUUUUGAUGUGAGCCUUUCGAUCUUAUGCGUAGGAUACGGUGUCGCUCAUCGUGACUCACACGCACUCGUUCUUUAAUCACCGCCACUUUCCACCCACCUUCCGCCUACGCCAGCCGUCUCUUUUCUCCUCCAGACGCCGAUACGCCUCCCUUGGCCACUUUUUCUCUUCUCGAUUCUCCUUCAGACGCCGACGCGCUUCCCUUCGCCGCUCGUCUCUUCCUCCUCCUGUGUCUCUUUGCGGCUUCGAGAAGCGAUCCUUUUGCCCCUUCUUAUUCUUCUUGGAGGCGCUCCGCGUGGACGAUGGAUCCCCUGCGUUCCCCUCACCUCUCCGGACGAUCCAGGUACGACAACCAUGCUCCCCCCUCCCACCAAUUCGUCGAUCCCAAUUACUACCCCCGUCAGACCCACCACGCUGCUUCUUUUCUCCCGCCACUGCCGCCGCCACAGCCGUAUCAGAACCAGAACCCGCCUCGCCGCCACGAGCGCGACUUCCGGGCACCCGUCGAGGACGGUGGCCACCUCUUUUUGCCCUACCCUCACCCCCAUGACCCCUUCCUCCAGCCUUCCCCUCGGAUUACGGACCGCUUGCCGCUGCCCGAGGACCGCUACCCCUCGUGCCGGCCUCAUCUGCUGGGCCCCGGCGAGGGUUUCGUCCAAGAUCCCCGAGAAUGCACUGUUCUUGAUGCGAAUAAGUUUAGGGUUGUCGAUGAGAGCCAGGAUUUGAUUCGACUGAGGUGGGAGGAAGAUGACAGGCGACGGCUUGCGAGUUCUUGUCGGGGUAAUUUUUAUCCGGAGGAUCUGGAUGGUGGCUCGGUGGGAAGGAAGAGGAUGCGAUGGGCGCAAGAUCCCGACCAUGAAGAGAACUCGGGUGGUCGAAGCCAGAGGCAUAUCCAGUUGUGGAACGGAGAGGUCGGCCAUCAGCACCGUGCUUUCCCGGAAUCGUUGCCCGGUGCUUCUCUAGGGGCAGCGUACACUUCUUCCCCGAGGGGUACGAGGCACUUUGUAGCCACAGAUGGAAACAGGGAGGCUGCUUCCGUUAUAGAAUGGCGGCAGCAGCAGCUACCGCUGAUGCGUUCUUAUUCCGACAGAGGUAGAGAGGAUCGGAGAGAAGUUGCUUCUAUCAUGGAACGUCAUCUUCAGCCACCACUGCCCUCGAUGCAACCUUCUGCCCAUUCUUAUUCUGAUGGAGAUAGAGAGUUUCUUGAAAAUAAUAAUGCAGAUGUUGCCUAUGAGGCACCUAUUGCUGGUGCAGUUUAUGGCUCUCAAGAAAAUUAUUUCAGAGGUAACAGAGGCAAGAGGAAGAUGUGUGGUGGAGCAAAUGAUUACAGUAUAUCGCAUUCACCAAUCAAGCAACCUACAAAGAGGCCAAGUGCCCUUUCUAGAAUACAAUCGGGGAUAUCUGUCUGGAACAGGAUACAGGAGAAGCCAUCCUUUCUAUCUUCACCUUCUCCUGCACCAUUUUCUCCUUCCAGUAACGCUGUCCAGCACCAAGCAGAAAUGGGUGUACCGGAUUUCUCGUUUAAAUCAAAUAAUUUGGCAGGUCAAGUCUUGGCUUCUCCUAGUCUGGCUGUGAGUUUUGAUGGGACGGAUCCUGAGGAGUCCAUGCCGAAGAAGACUGUGAAAAAGAAGAAGUUGGUGAGAAAAUGGGAGGAAUUUGCUGUUCCUACUGAUCCUGGUUCAUCCGUUUCUGCAGUGAAGGAUGGGAUUCCUCAAGAGCCCAUAUUAGAUACUCCUAGGAAGGUACUAAAUGAUUUAAAAUUGUCAGGAAAGCAAGGCGCUUCCUCUAUAAAGCCUGCAAAUGAUGCCAACUCUCAAACUUGUUCAACGAAGGUUCUGGGAACAGGAAAAAAGACUCCCAACUGCAUUGCCAUUGGUGAGGUUAACGACAGCAACUGUCAUAGUGCAGAAAUUUCAGAAUUUAGACUUGCUAAUUCUACAAAUUCAGAGCAUUGUCAGGCAGACACAAAUGCUACAGAGAAGAGGAUUUCAGAAAAUCUUUCCAUAUCUGUUAGCGUAUUCAAAGCUGGUGGCGAUGAUAGUGACAAGGAGAAGAAAUUUAUCAAUCUUGGAGAAAAUGAUGGCCAAAACUGCACUAGUCCGCCGGUUGAUAUUGGAGCUGUAAAUGAUGCUAGCUCAAGGCCAUUUGAUCAAGGGGCUCCUGAGGCUGCACCAGAAUCUGGCACUGAGCAAUUGCCAUCGGCUAUUUUUCUGGAUGAGAAUAUCAUAUCUGAUAACCAUGACAACCAGGAUAUUGAUGGGCCAGAUGACGAUGAAAAGUGUGGAUGUCCUGAUAAUGGUUUUGUCCCAUCUUCAUCCGAGCAUUCUUCUUCAUCACCACUGGGGAGCGAUGAGCAGUUUGUCAUGCCAGUUGAUCAUAUUUCUUCCACAUUCAGCAAAGAUGAUUCUAUAGAAAAGAACUUGAAAAGUAAAAAAAAGACUGACGAAGAUCAGCUCACAGAGGUCAAUAAGGGUGCAAAAGAAGAGUUCAAGGAUUUUGGUUACGGAGAGAUUACAAAUGCUGAUGCUUAUUUACACUCGGAAAUGCAGAAUGUUUCAGCAGAUCUUCCUCCGCUGUUAAAAGAUGUAGUCGCAGGGGAAUACCAUCCAGAAACUGCCAUAUUUGAAAAAGAUGAUGGUUGUAGUAUUCAUGCUCAUGUUGAAAUACCUCAAUCUGAUUGUUUGAGACCUGGAGGGAAAAGUUUAGCAAUUUGUUCCUUCAUUAUGUCUGAAACUCAAGAUGCUUCUCAUUUUACAGUGCCAGAACAACUCCAUCCAGGAUUGCCUGACAGCUACGGUUGCGCUAACUUCAACAACUGUUGUGAUAAGCAAGACCAGAAACUUAGCAAGGAAGACAACUGUUCCUUACCUGUUAAGGGAUCUUUGGUAUCUGAAGCUGAAGGCGUCAAAUCAGAUGAAGACAUUAAUUGUAAAACUAUUCUUGGGAAACAAAAGAACUUGUUGUCACAUGACUCUGAGAAACAAAAGAUCACAGAAUCAAAACCAGUCAACGGACAAGUGCAUUUGGGCCAGAAAACCUUUCUGAGUUCUGGUGUUCCAAAAGUUGUUCCAAGUCGAGCUAAUUUAGUAACUUCACUGAAGGAAUCAGCUCAUUCACGUCACAAUUUGAGAAACAAGACAUGGCGUCGAAAUGAUGCUUCCUCUUCAAGUUCUCAGGUGGUUCUGCAGUCUCAAAGAGUUGGUUCGUUGUGUAAACAAUCACCAAAGAAGCCUGGAAAGCUUCAAAGCUCUUAUGUUCGUAAAGGUAAUAGUCUUAUUAGGAAACCAUCUAUUGAGUUUCCUCCUCAGCCAUCACAUACUCUGGGCAUUUCGAGUAAAUUGAGCAAAGAUAAUAUGGAGAAAAGCAUGAAUUUUGAGAGUAAAGAUACUACCAAUGAUGGUUUUACUUGUUCUAAUACUUCUUUUGAGAGACCUAAAACACCUCCUUUACCUCUUGGCACAAAGUUAUCAAACUCCACUGCUGACCCUUUGUUGGAAGCUCCUCAUCCCUUAUCAGAGAACUCUAUUCGUGAAGUUAGGACUGAGGUUCACAGCAGACCACUUGACUUGGCUUCCUGCAGUGUCGAUGACCAAAAUGUCAAGAUUGAUGAAACAUCCGACCCUUUGUGUACUAAGAGUAUGGUAUAUGUGAAACACAAGUCUAAUCAGUUGGUUGCUGCUUCUGGGCCUAAACCUACUGAUUCAGCUAACCCUUCUUUGGACAAGGCCCAAACAUUUCCUUCCUCGGCAUCAUCAGAUCUUUACUACAGGAAAAAGAAGAACCAGCUUGUACGGACUAUAUAUUCUUCAGAUGGUCAAAAUAAGCAGGACAUGGUUCAUGCUGAAAAUACAAGUUCAGAUGAGAAAAAAGUUCCUAUAUUCACCUCAAAUCGCAGCUCUUCUAGUCUACUCAAGAAGAAAUUGAAUAAAGUUCGAGAGAAGCAGCUUAAGCACUUCAGUUUCUCUCGUGUCUGGACAUUGAAUGGCUUAGAACCACAUAAAAAAGGUGCUUCACCAUUAACUCGCUUGAAGGUUCUUCCUCACCUUUUCCCAUGGAAGAGAACUACGUAUUGGACCAACAAUUCAUCAGUUUUGAAGAGACGUUCCUUAUUGCUGCGCAGCCAAAAAAUGCUGCUUACAAGGGAUAUAGCCUACACACUGUCAACUGAUGGUUAUUCUCUACAAAAAUCUGGGGUGUCACAAGUUGGUCGAUGUAGUUUGAAAUGGUCAAGGUCCAUGCAGAGACGCUCAAAAGUGGUUAAUAAGGAAGCUGCGUUGGCAGUUGCUGAAGUUGAGAGGAAGAAAAAAGAAAGAGAGAAGUUGGCCUCUGUUUCUGACCAUAAAAAUGAACACUUGUGUGCUAUUGACCAAGGAGUAAGAAACAGCAGGAAGAUAUCUUUAUCUCAAAGGAAAUUAUUGGGUGGCAAUAAUGAAUAUAUACGAAUAGGUAACGGUAACCAACUUGUGAGGGAUCCAAAAAAACUUAUCCGCAUUUUAGCUAGUGAGAAAGUACGAUGGAGUUUGCAUACUGCCAGAUUGCGCUUGGCAAAGAAGCGACAAUAUUGCCAGUUUUUUACCCGAUUUGGAGAGUGCAAUAAAAAGGGAGGGAAAUGCCCAUACAUCCAUGACCCAACUAAAGUUGCCAUUUGCACCAAAUAUCUUAGUGGUUCAUGUUCAAACGCUAAUUGCAAGCUUACUCACAAGAUUAUUCCAGAAAGAAUGCCUGAUUGUUCCUACUUUUUACAAGGUUUAUGCACCAAUACAAGUUGCCCUUAUAGGCAUGUAAAUGUGAAUCCCAAUGCUUCUGUUUGUGAAGGAUUUCUCAAGGGAUACUGUGUGGAAGGUGAUGAGUGCCAUAAGAAACACAGUUACGUGUGCCCCCUCUAUAAAGCAACAGGGAAGUGUCUGCAAGGAUCCAAGUGCAAACUUCAUCAUCCUAAGAUCAAAAACAAGUGCAAGGCUAAGAAAGGAUCUACAGUGCAAAGCAGUAGCUGGGGCCGUUACUUUGGUUCCAGCAUUAGUGACGUCGGCAAGUCCUUAGCAGUUUCCUUGGACAACGAAGACAACAAGAAGGUUGAAGACCUUUUCUGCUUUGGUGGCCGGUUUGCUGACUAUAUCAGCCUCAGCCUUGACAACCACGAUGGUGAAUCAAGUUAUGUUGCUUCAAAGGACUUGCACCAAUCUGAGUUCAGUUCGGGCAACUCUCUCAUGCAGAAAGACAACCUUGAUGCUUUAAUCAAGCCGAUACGCAUCAUGAGAAAGGAUUACUCGAUGCCACUCUCUGCCGAUAGUUCAUAUAAUUAUAACAACCACAAUGGUUAUGGCUGUAGCUGUGGCUGAAGGGGGCUGGAGAUCCAGGUACGUGUUUUACAACAUCUGCAUUGCUGUGAUGUGUUGGCCGUUUGCUCGCAAGGAUGUCAGGUUAUGAUGAAACAGUCACAGGCCGUGGGUUUUUAUAGUGGAAACAAAACAGCAGAAGUUUUGUAAGUCAUAGGUAUCUCUCCACAAUGCUUGUAUGUUAAUUUGAAGGAUAUUGUAAAGGAUGUCAUUAAUACAAAGGGGAUUUGUGUUUGGAUAUUGAUACUAA